GGAACCGUCCUGAGCUGAACUCCGCGUCACAAAGAGGAGCUGCGGGUUUCCAAGUGGAGCAGAGAGGAGGAGGUGCGCCAGGACCAUCAUAAUAUGAAGUAACAGCGCUCAGAGGAUCUGCGGCAGUUACAUCGGAGACAGAGACACCGAGACACCGAGACAGUCCCUGAACCGGACACACACACACACAUACACGCACACACACACACACACACACGGCUGGAGCAGCGGAGGACUACAGCGCGCGCCGGCGAAGAAAACUCAUUUACAGGUGGCACUGUUGCUGCAUCCAGGAGCCCCUCAGAGUUUGGUGAAAACACUCAGCACAGAGGAGAGACUCUGGAGAGACUCACUUCCUGACGGGCGAGAUGUACGAGGAAGAGUCCCAGCAGAUAAGGGGGCAGCAGGACGUGGCUGUGCUCCAGACUCUGGAGUCCACUGCAGUAGUGAAUCCAGGAGGAGGCAGCUGCAGUGGUGGAGGAGGAGGAGGAGGAGGAGGAGGAGGAGGAGGGCCUCUGUCCUUCACAGACGAAGCUGUGUCCAUCCUGACCUCCAGCAGCCUGUUGGCGCGCUCCCUGCUGGGACGCACCUCUGCCGUCAAACGCAAAGAGAGCCCGUCCUCCAGCAUCCGACGCAAGCGGGAAUUCAUCCCGGUUGACAAGAAGGACGAAGGCUACUGGGACAAGAGGAGGAAGAACAAUGAGGCGGCGAAACGCUCCAGAGAGAAACGGCGUGUGAACGAUAUGGUCCUGGAGAGCCGCGUCCUGGCUCUGCUGGAGGAAAAUGCUCGUUUGAGAGCGGAGCUGUUGGCCCUGAAGUUUCGCUUCGGUUUGGUCAAAGAUCCGUCCAACGCCCCCAUCCUGCCGCUCACUUCAGCUCCUCAAACUCUGACUCCUCACUAUUAUCUCCACAGAGGGGAUGGCAGCCUCCCUGGCUCCUCUGCGUCACCUCCCAACAACCAAUUGGGCACCAAGGCAUCCAGGGAUGGCAGUAACAUGUCAGAGGACUCUGGGUUUUCCACGCCAGGUGGGUCCAGCGUGGGCAGUCCGAUCUUCUUUGAGGAUCGGCUGAGCGACCACGGGAAACUGUCACCGCACAGGGCAGAGGAGCUGGGCUACGACCUCCAUCACUCCCCUUCUGAUGUCACAGCGGGGCCGAGUGGAGGGAACCACGCUGAGGUGAAAAGCCUCCCUCACAAGCUACGAUUCAAGACGCCUGGCUGUGGGGACGCAGUGGACGCUGCAGGGGACAGCGCCAGGCGCAGCCCCGCGUUGUCUGCAGGACGUGAAGCUCCGAGAGAGACCCGGAAAGGAGGCGAAACGGCGGCCGGGCAGUCCUGGCUGCAGCAGCCGGACGCAGAGGACGGCAGAAAAGGCAGACAGUCCCCUCAGUACAACACUUACAGUGUCCAGCCGCCUCCCACGCAAACGGAGGUCCAGUACAAACACGAGAACACUCACCUGAAGUGUCAGCUCAACUCUCUGAGCGAGGAGGUGGCGCAGCUGAAGAAGCUUUUCACAGAGCAGCUCAUGGCCAAAGUCAACUGAGGGACAGAGCGGCGAGCGUGUGGACUCAAAUGGACAAAGAUCUGCUGAACAUGAGCCACAGCACAAAAACCGGAGCGCUGGACCGUUCACAGGACUGAUCUGCUUUUAACGAACUUUUAAAAAUGUGUUGUUUUUAUCUCAAACACUGUAUGAUAUUGUAAUAAAUGUGGAUAUAACAUUCAUCUCAUAACUUAAUCCCACCUCCACACAGGGAGUCUCACCUGUAGUAGUGUGAACAGUUACACUGUGACGACUAAAACACACACAAACUCUUCACAUCAUCACGAGCUUCACUUCACCUCACACACUCAACAGGUUUUAGUGGUUCUGCAGUAACUUCAGCUACAAGUCUGCCAGCAGGUUGUGAAUGCAUCUCGGUAGA